AUGAUGAGCUCCUUUCUCUGGUUAAAUUCGAUCUACAAUUGUCAGAAGAGUCUCUUGCUGAGUCCUACUCUGCUGGUGUUGACAGCAUUUGCCCAGAGUAUUUCGAACAACCCUUCGACGACCCAGACAUGGAGCUCUCAGAUCGCAAGCGUAGAACCAGUUCCACUAUCAUUUCAACCCACACCAAAGCCUUCCUUUCAACAGGAGUCUAGAGAAGCAGAUCUUAUCCAAAGUGCGUUAUCCAUUUUGUUCGAGCCGGCGGAUGCUAUCGUCCGGAGCAAAAGGAGCACCGACAACCUCCUGUCAGAUAUUAGUGCCCACUCUCAAGAAUCCAACAAGCGCCCGAGACUCCUCGGCCCCCAAGAGGUCUUUUCUGAUCAAACGGUGAUGCGAUUCCGCCCGUAUCAAGAUCAGCAAUGGAGUGGAAUGUUCCAAAAACUAGUCCAGUACAGGCUCAAACAUGGCCACUGCCGGGUGCCUCAUUCCUAUCAAGAAGAUCGCAUGCUUGCCCGAUGGGUCAAAAGACAGCGAUACCAGCACAAGAAGCUCAAGUCCAAUGACCCUUCGUCUACCAUGACAGCCCAUCGUAUCCAACAGCUCGAGUCCAUCGGCUUUGUUUGGCAUUCUCAUGCAUCUGCAUGGCAGGCAAAGUUCGAAGAGCUCAAGGCUUUCAAGCAAAGCACUGGACAUUGCAAUGUCCCAUCGGACCAUUCCAAUAAUUCUUCGUUGUCAGCAUGGAUCAGAUGUCAGCGAAGGCAGUACAGAUUGUGGAGUUAUGGUGCUAACUCUACCAUGACCGAAAAGCGAUAUGAGGUGUUGAAGUCGUUGGGGUUUACUUUUGAGAAAUAUGGAGGAUUGCAGCGAUCCCAAAGUGUCUAA